AUGAACAGCUACCAUUGUUCACAACUGUUCUGCCGUUACUGCAAGCUCUCGGGACAUUUAAUUACUGCCUGUCCUACUCGCCCACUACGUCCUGAUCUACUCAAUUCGUCUCUUGUCUCUCUAUCUAAUAUUGCAUUUCUUCUUCAGCGUCUUCUCUCCAUUUCUGGUAAUACCCCUGUUGCUUUUUCGACCCCUCUAAGUAAUUCUAAAUGGUACUUUGACUCGAGUUGCUUUAAUCACAUGUCUCCGUUGCGUAAUAUUUUCUCGUCCAUGUCUACCACUACAAAUGGACCUUCUGUCAAUAUUGCAAAUGGCUCCCUCUUGCACGCAACACACAAGGGUUCUAUAUCUCAAUCAACUCUUAAUUUUCCUGAUACUUAUUAUAUUUCCAAAUUAAACUUCAAUCUUAUUUCUGUUGGUCAACUUGUUGAUUUGAGUUUUGAAGUCACUUUUUUUGUUUCUGGUUGUCGUGUACAAGAUCCUCAGACGAGACAAAUCAUCGGGAGUGGACGUAAGGUCGGAAGGUUGUUUGAACUCGAGAAUCUUCAUAUUCCUCCUGUACUAAAUUUCCGUGCUGCUUCUUCUCCCUCUACUCUUCACUUAUGGCAUCAACGUCUUACCCACACCUCCUUAGGAAAACUGUGUCCUCUUGUGUCUCAGGGUGUUUUGAGUCAGGUCAUUAAGGUUUUCCGACGUGAUAAUGCUAUGGAAUACCGUGAUUCCAAACUCUUAACCUUUCUUGCAGAACAGGAUACUUUGUCUGAGUUUUCUUAUCCUGACUCCCUUCUUCUGUUCUUGCCUCAUGAUUAUAGUAAACUUGAACCUCGGGCUCAUAUGUGUUGUUUCCUUGGUUAUGGCACUGAACACAAGGGUUAUCGUUGUUGGGAUCCUCUCUCUAAACGUAUUCGUAUAUCUCGUCAUGUUGUCUUCUGGGAGUACCACAUGCUUUCUCAGUUCUCAUCCUUUGAGUCCAUUCCUACUACUCAGUCACCUUUGUUUACUAACCCCAAUGUUGAUCUUUUUCCUAGUGAUGAUUCUACAGAUUCUAUCUCGAGUGACCCUCUACAGCCUCCUGUUCUUUCGCCUUCUCCAUCUCCCGAUGAUUCCAGACCGGACAAUGAUUUUGCUUCUACCGUCAUGCCUCCUCUUCCCGCUCGUUCUUCUAGGGUAAGGAAUCCACCUCCUCAUCUUCUUGAUUACCAUUUCUUUUCUACUAUCCUUCAUCAACAUGAACCUAAGUCAUUCAGAGAAGCCUCCUCAAACCCAAAUUGGCAACAAGCAAUGCAGGAAGAAAUGCAGGAACUUGAAAAAGCACACACUUGGGAUUUGGUUGAUCCUCCUUCUGAUCAGGAAGUUGUGGGCAGUAGAUGGGUAUACAAGAUCAAGACUCGCUCUGAUGGCUCUAUUGACCGUUAUAAGGCCCGCUUGGUUGCUCAAGAUUGUACGCAAGAGUAUGGUAUUGAUUAUGAAGAGACUUUUGCUUCUGUCACUCGUCUUACGUCUGUUAGAGCUCUUCUUGCGAUUGUCGCGGUUAAAAAAUGGUCUCUCAGUCAGAUGGAUGUGAAGAAUGCAUUUCUUAAUGGGAAUUUGAAAAAAAAGUCUAUAUGA